UUCCAUUGACGAGUCAAAAAAAUCUGUGACUAUCAGAACCUUGCCGCCACCUCCCGGCAUAAAUAUCGCAUUUCCCCCCCCGCAUAUACAAAACCACUACUCAUCUCAAGUGCGAUUGCUGCGAGAUAGGGAGUAUCACCCAUCAAGUAUCCGACGGCGUUCUCAGACUAGUCAUCACCAUGACCCCCAUCAACAAUCAAGAUCAGAUCCCUAAUGACCAAGAAGAAGCUCGCCACAGAUUUCUCCAUGACACGGACAAUUAUGCCGCGGAGUUUACGGGUCCUAUACUGCUGGUACACCCAGACUUGUUGACCGAAGGUUUGCGUAUGGCUUAUGCGUACAAGCAGCUCCAAGACGGCAGCGCACAUGUGAGUUUAGACAUGCCUGGCGUUCCCAAAGGUGACUUCACUGCCGAAAUCGAGAAUGGGAGAGUGAUUGUGACUGGUCGAGCUCCUGCCGUUAGCCACGACUCAAAUGGUCGGUUCUACUCUGCUGUCGCGGCUACGAUCUCCACUCCUACCGGCACAAACCCUCUUUUUACGGUGGAGGGCGGCCCGGAGAACGGUGUCUUGCGCCUCAACAUCCGUCCAGGUUGA